AGCUCUGCUUUGUAUUGGCUUGGGAAUAAUCAAAAAAAAAAAAAAAAAAUCUGAAUUACUGUUCUUUUUGAUUUCUUUUGAAAGCAUAACUGAACUAAAUGCAAGCAUUUUUUGAUAGAAGUUUGAAUAAUAAAUAACUAAAAUGUGGCAAGUAUUUAUGAAUGCAGUAUAUAAAACAUUUUCUUUCAUGUUAAAAUUAGCUUGGUGGUGGUGCUCCACAUCGGUCAAUCAUUGUUUCUAUGAUAGUGGGGGUGGGGGGCACUAAUACCACUGAUAAAAGCACUCAAAUGUAAAAUAUUUUCAUUUGUUUAACAAAUUUGAUUGCAAAAAAACGACUUUUGCGCGCAUCUUUCCUCAGGUAGGUUGUGUGUUGUAGCUCAUUGUCUGUCGCUCUGAGGUCUGGCUCAUGAAUAUUAAUCACAUUGUCUGCGUUCGCCAGAGCUGAUUGGCGAGGCCGCAGAGGUGAGCGCUAGCCAAUGCGAUUACCGCUUCUUAUUCUCCAUCUGCCAACGGAUGUGAACGGCAGAAAUAAUAAAUAAUAAACGAUCUUCGUUAUUUUGAUAGGGAAAAAAGUACGAGUACCAAUAACAUCUAGCGCGUCAAUACUACGUGGUUUAUAAGGCUCACUAUCUCUGUGUGAGGAGAGAGCUGGCGCUGUCAGUCAAGCGACGAUGGCACACUGCACGUGUGAGGAAACUCUUGAGACGGUCCUGGACAGCGAGGAAGAAUUCACCUUUUCUUCAGAAGAGGAGCAGGAUGAAGAUGAAGGAUGGUCGCAUUUUGAAGAGCGCCUUGAUCCAGCAGAGGACGCCCUUUCUGACGAAAAUGAGGAGAAUGACAUUGACCAGAUGCCUGUUGCAAAGAAGGCCAGGAAAAGCAAGCAGCCAGCUAUGACGUGGAAAACAGAGACUGAAGUUGACUUGGUUCCACAGACUCUGAGAUUCCUGCCCGCACGAGAACCCGGACCGCAGCUGUGGUCAGCUGACUCGUACACUCCCCUAAGUCUCUUCAAGCUCUUUUUCACUGAAAAUGCUGUCUCAACUCUAUGCUACAACACAAAUGCCCAGGCAGCUAGGUCACUUGCAAGGGGUCGCAAAUACAAGUGGACGGAUGUCAGCGUCAGUGAAAUGUACCGCUACUUUGGACUCAUAUUCUACAUGGGCAUGGUGAAGUUGAUCUCCAUUAAAGACUACUGGCGGCAAGGCAGUCUUUUCUCUGUGCCUUUUCCUGCCACAAUCAUGUCAAGGGACAGAUACCGCACCAUUUCAUGGAAUAUGCACAUGAGUAACCCAGCUGAGGACAAGGAGAAUGACAAAAAGAAGGGCACGAAUGAAUAUGACCGGCUUUUCAGGGUCAAACCCCUCAUGGACACGAUCCGACUUGCGUGCAAAACCAUUUAUCAUCCUAGACGAAAUUUAGCUGUGGAUGAAAGAAUGGUGGCAUGCAAAGCCAGCACAGGCAUGACACAGUACAUGAAAGCCAAGCCAACCAAGUGGGGCUUCAAGCUGUUUGUCCUCGCGGACUCUUCGAACGGAUACACUGUUGACUUCUCUGUGUACACAGGAAAGAACAAAGCUGCCACAGGCAAUGGACUGCCGUAUGAUACUGUGAUGUCUCUCUUGGACAAAAAAGUUUUGGGAUCUGGGUACCACGUGUACAUGGACAAUUUCUACACAAGUCCAAAGCUCCUAUCAGACAUGUUAGAGAUGAAGUAUGGCGCUUGUGGGACUUACAGAGACUACAGGAAGAACAGCCCACAAAAUGCAUCUAAUUCACUGACUAAAAACUCUCCCAGGGGAUCCAUUAGAUGGAUUCGGAAUGGUCCGCUUGUAUUCGUGAAGUGGAUGGACACACGAGAGGUGUCUGUGUGUUCCACUAUCCAUCCUGCCUACACCGGAGACACCGUGCAGAGGAGAGUGAAAACGCAAGAUACAUGGAGCUUCAAGACAUUCCCCUGUCCUGCACCUGUUACUGCAUACAACCAAUACAUGGGGGGCGUUGACCUGUCCGAUCAGCUGUUGCAGUACUACACCGCACAGCACAAAACCUUGAAGUGGUACAGAAAGAUCUUCUUACACUUUUUGGACAUUGCUGCCACCAACUCUUACAUGAUUCACAAGGAGUUAUAUGGCAACAUGACCCACAAGGAGUUUAUGGAGCAGUUAAUUGCAGAGCUCUGUGGCGUGUCACCGAAAAUCCCACAGAAACGGGCCAGCAGUGACCAUGUGCCCGUCCCAGGAGCUCCGCUGAGCAGUGAUACCAGGAAAAUUGCCUCUAGUGGUCGGCGAAUCUGUGUGCACUGCAAAGCAGCGCAUGGAAAGAAGAAGCAAACUCCUUGGAAAUGCCAGGCGUGCGACGUACACUUGUGUCUUCAGCUGACCAGAAAUUGUUUCCAGGAAUGGCACAAAUCCCUGUGACCGUGUGCUCAAAAAUGUGCUUCUGACUUUCUGCCUUUCUUUUUGAUCUGUCUUUCUGUCUGUAUUAUAUUGUACGCUGUUGUAAAUAAACUGCAAAAAAAAAACAUUCUUCUUAUAUAAUCUCUUUUGGUUCCCUCACAGUUGCAUCCCACAUUGAUAGGUCUUUACCCACCUGAUGUGAAAUAAGUCAAAACAGUCGCACACAAGUUUACAUCAAUGUUUUGUUUUAUGUGAAUGAAAGGACGAAAUGAUUAUGGCAAGAUGUUGUAACAAAGGCUGUGGUCUAUGAAAUCCAGUAAUCAAAACUUGUGAACAAGGUUUGCUGUGUUUUAUUACCCCAUGUCUUGUUUCAUAUAUAUCACUAAAUUAGCUGAUUUGGUGCUCAAAGAACAAAUCUUAUCAACGCUGCUUAAGUUCUUACAAAUCUCUUUUUUGCUGUCUUUCAAUUUCGUGGAGUGUAGAUUUGGAAAAAAAAUAUUGAGUUUCAUAACUGACUGGAUGUUCUUGUGAUUCAUUUACAUUUUUACUUUAUAGUUUUGUAGAAAACACUAUUGUUCUGAACAUUAUAUCUUUGUUUUAGUUGCUUUAUUUGUCUGUGACAGUUCUGCCUGCCUGUAAGGUCUAUAUAGAAAUAAAAUC